AACAGCAAUUCAAAUACUAAAGAUGAAGAUAUUUUUAAAAAUGAAAUUAUGGAAUUUUUUAAUCAUAGAUUAUAUUUAGAAAAUAUUGAAGUUGAAGAAUUUGAAUACUUUUCUGGAAAUUCAUAG